AUGCAUUUCUUCCAAAAACCAGCCCUUCUACUUCUUCCAGCAGCAGCCUUGGCUGGGGCCAUCCCUUAUGAAGUCAGGAAAGAUUUCGCAAAUCCUAAAUCAGGUAUAACCUUAAAGAAGGCUUUCGAUAUUCACGCUCAAGAAGAGAAUGGUUUCUUGAGUUACAAAGGCACACAACCUGGCAAAGUUGUUCAAGACGGUGUCAAGCUUCGGAUUCUUUCUGUUGGUGAUUCUAUCACUGUUGGCUACGGGAAAGGGACAGAUGGAAAUGGAUAUCGGAAGAGACUCAGGAAGGACUUAAGUGGAAAUGAGAUCGUUUGGGCUGGCACUGAGAAGACAAAGGGAAACAUGAAAGACGGUCACUUCGCAGCUUGGUCCGGGAAAACAGUCCAGUAUAUCAACGACCACGUUGAUCCAUCCCUUGAACAACGCCCCAAUCUCAUCCUUAUCCACGCCGGAACAAACGACAUGAACAGUAAUCACCGCGUUUCCACAGACGGAAACCACCCUCAAGAAACCACCAAUCGCCUAAAAUCAAUGGUCGAAAAGAUGAUAUCCAAGUGCCCGGACGCUACUAUUAUUAUCGGCAUGAUCACCGAUGUUUGCGACAACAAGAGCUAUCAUUUUCAGAGAGAGAGGACAAAGAUUUAUCGAGGACAUAUUGCUAAAUUGGCAGCUGAACUUAGCAAAGAUGGGUCUCAUGUACUUGCUGCUGAUUUUGGUCCUUUUGAUGAUACGCUUUUGAGUGAUUGUGUUCAUCCGACUCAGAAGGGGUAUGAGAUUCUAGGGGAUUGGUGGUAUGAUUUUAUUCAUCAGAUUCCUGAGGGAUGGAUCAAGGAUCCUGUUGGUCCUGACCCUGUUCGAGACUAG